AUGUUCAACGGGGAGCCAGGUCCAGCCUCGGCUGGGACUUCCAGGAACGUGGUGCGGAGUUCCAGCAUCAGCGGCGAGAUCGGAUCCCAGCAGGCUGGGAGCGGACCCGGGACCACCACAGCCAAGAAGAGACGCAGCAGCCUGGGCGCCAAGAUGGUGGCCAUCGUGGGCCUGACUCAGUGGAGCAAGAGUACCCUUCAGCUUCCCCAGCCUGAAGGGGCCACCAAGAAGCUGCGCAGCAACAUCCGCCGAAGCACCGAGACCGGCAUCGCCGUGGAGAUGCGCAGCCGGGUCACGCGCCAGGGCAGCCGCGAGUCCACGGAUGGGAGUACCAACAGCAACAGCUCGGAUGGCACGUUCAUCUUCCCCACCACACGGCUCGGGGCUGAGAGCCAGUUCAGCGAUUUCCUGGAUGGGUUGGGCCCAGCCCAGAUUGUGGGGCGGCAGACGCUUGCGACACCACCCAUGGGAGACGUGCACAUUGCCAUCACGGACCGGAGUGGCCAGCUGGAGGUGGAGGUGAUCGAAGCCCGGGGUCUGACCCCCAAACCAGGCUCCAAAUCCCUUCCAGCCACCUAUAUCAAGGCCUACCUGCUUGAGAAUGGGGCCUGCUUGGCCAAGAAAAAGACCAAGAUGGCCAAGAAGAGCUGUGACCCCCUGUACCAGCAGGCUCUGCUCUUUGAUGAAGGACCCCAGGGCAAGGUGCUGCAGGUGAUCGUCUGGGGCGACUACGGCCGCAUGGACCACAAGUGCUUCAUGGGCAUGGCCCAGAUCAUGCUGGAUGAGCUGGACCUGAGUGCUGCGGUCACCGGCUGGUACAAACUCUUCCCCACCUCCUCGGUGGCAGACUCCACACUUGGCUCCCUCACCCGGCGCCUGUCCCAGUCCUCCCUAGAGAGUGCCACCAGCCCCUCAUGCUCUUAAGGACCUCAGGAAAGGAGGCCGGGAUGGCAGUGGGGGAAGGGUGGUGUCAACUGGCCCUGCCUCCCCCCCUGUGCAUAACCUUCAUAUCUCUCUGGACCCUUGCCCUGCUGCAUGCCUCUUGGCUCCUGGGCUCGCCCCAGCUGGCAGUGGACACUGUGGUGUGUAUGUGUGUGUGUCUGUGUGUAUGUGUGUGUCUGUGUGUAUGUGACUUUUUUGUUGUUCUUUGA